UCUCAGAAACCUCAAUUUAUCAGAUCUCUGCAACUUCAUUUCUAGAAAAUGGCUCGUACUAAGCAAACUGCUCGUAAAUCAGCAUCAGCGACCGGAGGAGUGAAGAAACCACACAGAUUCAGGCCAGGAACUGUUGCUCUUCGUGAAAUCAGGAAAUACCAAAAGAGUACCGAUUUAAGGUUAGUUCGUGAGAUCGCUCAAGAUUUCAAAACUGAUUUAAGGUUGCAGCUCUAACAAGCAGCUGCUGAAGCGUUUUUGAAGAUACUAAUCUCUGUGCGGUUCAUGCUAAAAGGGUUACGAUUAUCCUAAAGACAUUCAACUUGCCAGAAGAAUUAGAGGUGAACGAGCUUGAUAAUCUCUAGUUUCUUAGUAAAUGUAUUGAAGAUUAUGGAUCUAGGAUCUGUCUUUUUAUUUUGGAAUGUUGGAGGAUUUGAUUGAUCCUCAGUAUUGCUGUCUUAUUUCAUCCUUUUCGUGAAUCCCCCAAUUUCGAUUGAAUUAACUCCCCAUUUCCAAUUGGAUUGAAGCCCUGAAUGUUGGAGGAUUUGAUUGUCCUUUGAAACCGUCUUCAUUGCUUGUACAUUAUUACACCACGACCUGCCCAUUUCUGCUUGAUGUUGCUGCAAUCUCUUGGCAGUGCAAACCCUCUCCUCGCUUCUCAUUGCUCAUGUAAAGCUCGUGCGAAUGUAAUGUGCUGGACAAAAGCUCAUUCCUGGAGUGGAUGUGCUGAUUUUCACAUCUCAAUCCGAUUUACAGCAUUAUAGAAUGUGACUAAUGGUGUUUAUGGCAGUAUCAAGCAUCAUCAGUGAGGAGAGGGUUUGAUGGACCACCAACACGAACGGGUCAUCAUCACCAGUAUUAUUCGCAAAGGUCCUCCAUUUCAGAUGUCUCAUCGAUGGAGUGAGCAUCUGACGCAUGCCCGCAUCUGGAGUGCAUACCGUGUCUCCUGCAGAGUGGUCAAAUACUACCUCUUUGCUUCUAUUACAAUCUGAGCAAUAAGCCAAGGUAUGUGCAGGUACAGUAACAGUAGUUGCAUAUUUCUGUAUUAUUUUGAUAUGCAAUCAUAAUGUAGCAUAUGAGGCUAUAAGCGGUGCUAGUGGUAUCAUUAGGACUCCAGUUAUGUGGAAAAAAAGGGAUGAAAAGAGCCAUAACAAAGACAAAAGCCUGAGGCGAGGCGAGGCAAGGCGUGCCCCAUAUCUUAAACCCAAGUGCCUUUUGACAUUCAAAUCUCACGUGACAGAAGUGCUCCUGCAAGUAAACCGUCUUCCCCUUCCACAAAUUCCCUCCCUAUAAAAACAUGAGACUAGUAGUAUAUCAAUUUAUCAAAUCACUCUCUCUAAAUCAGAGAAAUUCAGAGAAACCUUCAACCAAGAAAACUCAUCAAUACCCAGUAAGUUAGUUUCAAAAAUCUACUUUGAAAUUAACCAGAAUCCUCAAAGAAAAUCGUCCAAAACUAAACCAAAGAAGCAGCUUCGAUAGAGUUUCAAGAAACUGUGAUAAUGGAAGAUAGGAGAGGAAAAAAUGUUGUUGAUGGUGGUGGUGGAAAAUCUGAAAGUGAUGAACAAGGAACAAGUAGUAGGACAACAUUAGCUGAGUUGUUUUCUCAACCCCAUGAUCAAGAAGAUCCAGCAGAUAAGAAAGAAGAUGAUAAAGAAGGUGAAAAUCAAGAAGCGCGUAUUACAACAGUAGCUGAGUUAUUUUCUCGAGAAGCUGAUGAAGAAGAACCAGCAGAUAAGAAAGAAGAUGAUAGCAGUAGCAGCAGUAGAAAACAAGAACGUGUUAGUAUUACUGAAAAGGGGAGUAGUUCUUCUCGUCAACAUGAUCAUGAUUCAAACCCACUGCUGAGAGCUCAUCUUGAACCACAGUUAAAAUUGUUAAGGGAUUGCAAAGAUGAAGUCAAGGAUUUGGAAAAAGAUAUAGAAGCUCUGCAACAAUGUUAUGAAUUGGGUGGUGAUGAAAAUCCUCUGAUUCAACGUAUUUCUUCUUCUGACUUUAAAGAAUUGAGUGCCAAUCUUGAUGCAAAAUUACAGGCGUUGAAGAAUAGUAUUGAUAAGAAGAAAGAAUUGGAAGAAGAAAUCAAAGAAUUGACAGAACAAGUAGAAUUUGGUUGCAAUCUUAUAGUUCAGUGCUAUGCUGGAAUUAAUCAACAGGAAGCGAUUCCAGCUGAAGGUGAAGCAAAAGCAACAGAUAAUCCAAACAUAGGUAUUUUGUUUGCCAUUACUCCAAAAUAUAGUGGCCAUGCCAUAGAAUUUUAUUAUAAAGAAGCAAAUUCUGAUAUAGUACUGCAUAGUGUAUCUACGGAUUGUCCCCAAAAGUGGAACAAACUGGCCAUGCAGUUACCCAGUCUAUCUACUGGAAAGAAUUUCUUCGAGUUUGUUGGCUCCUGCAAUGGAUUGAUAUGUUAUAGAACUCAAACGUAUUGGUUCUCAGAUGUUACAUGCGUUUACAACCCAUUUACCACCGAAAGCGUUGCUGUGUUUAACGAGACGAGUGCGUCCUUCAAGUGUAUUGGUUUCGGAUACUGUAUUUCCACCAAGAAGUACAAGCUAGUCAGAAUUUGUGAAAUCGACUUUGGUGAGCGACGCUUUCAAGUAAACUCUCUAGGUGAGGGCAGAAAGUAGAGAGACAAACCAAAGAUUCCAUAUGCAUUUUUGAAGCCAGGCAUUGCUGCGAAUGGAAGUCUGCAUUGGUUGAUCGAUACAGGGUCUGGCAUUGAGAUUAUAGCUUUUAGUUUAGCAGAUGAAACAUUUGGUUCCCUGCAGUCACCAGUUCAGCCUCUCCACUCCACUUCCUAUAUUUGCAGUACACUCGAAGGGGAUCUCUGUUUGUGUAUACCAUACACAGAGCAAAGUGAAUAUAUGAUGGAUAUAUGGGUGUUUAGUACUAGUUUGGAAGCAACUUCCCCCAGCUCUUUUAUUUGGAACAAAAUCUUCAGUAGGAAGGUAAAUCUAGAAUCCGAAUGCCGACUAUUAUCCUCAACAGACAGUAGAAUACUCCUAUGGGAUUGGCUAGCUCGCGUCCUAUCUUGUUAUGACUUUAAAGCAACAAUUUCCAAAGAGCUAUGGUCCACUGAAGGCUAUAAAUAUGUCCACGCAACUCCUUGUAUUAAUACUCACUUUUGAGGAUUUCUUGUUAUGAAAUCAACUCAAUAAGUUCUAGUUUUGAUGCAAGAAUAGUUCACAUUUUGUCAAGCAAGUCCCAAGAAGAUGAUUUCUAUGAUGCUGAUACAGAUUAAUGGUUCUUUUGGCUCAACAUUCUUUGGCGGUGCUCCUUGGAUCUUCAUUAGGCGAUUUUAUUGUUUCUCAUUAUUAGUAAUUGCAUCAGUUUUGAGGAAUUCUUGUUUUGAAUUGAGCUCAAUUAGUUCUUGUUUUGGAUGUAAGGAUAGUUCACAUUUUGUCAAGCAAGUUCUGAGAAAUGACUUGAUUUCUUUUAGCCAAAUUCCUGACAGUGUUUGAGUUACAUUUUCAUUAUUUUGGGUCUAGUGCAAUUCUUA